GAGGUGCGGCCAGGGCGGCAGGAAGUGGAUGUUGCUCCUGGCCGCGAUCGCGGUGCUGUUCUUGCGACUUCGCAGGCGGCUUCAUUGAGGGCGCGGUGUGCUGCUGUGGGCCCUCGGUGCGGACGGGUAUCGCAGCUGCAGUCGAAUGCUUCAAGAUCCAGAGGCCGACGCCAAUUCAUCUGCGACGGGCUGCGUGCUACGGGCGGUGCCAGGACCUGGAUAGAUCGAGGUCGUGGAACAAGUCUCCGGCGCAGUGCCCAGCCCUUGCUCAGGGCCCCGCGGGCAGCUUAGGCCUGGUAGCAUGCGCCGUCCAGUGGCGCAGUAGUCAGGGGCGGCGGGUCGUUUCGGCCACUCCCGAAGUAGGCACGCGCAGAGCAGAACUCAGAGGAGUUCUCGGCAGAAGUUUUGUCCUGGCGCUUCGUUCGAAGUGCUCUGGUGCUCUCGCGGAUCAGAGCAUGGAGUAUUGCGUCGGCUUCCCAUCCAGCCUGUCUCUCCGCACACUUGCACAGAGGAAGUUGGCGGAGGGUGAGAGCCGCGCCUCAGACAAAGCCAGCGCCUGUGGCGCGCACUCUUCUCGUUUCGGGCGCGUCUGCUGCAUCCAUCCGCCGAUGCUGUCGUGGAUGACAGUGCGAAUCGGGAGCUUGGGGAAGUUGUCCCCGCUGCCGUCACCGCCUGGCUUCGCGGACAGGUCCCUCAGCCUGUCCUCCCCAUCUCCUCCCCGUGGUGGAUUUUCUGCUCCCUGCCUCGCUCACUCGUCGACGUCCCUUCCGGUAUGGAGCGCCAGAUGCCUUUUGGCGUUCGCCGCCGAAGGCUGCUCCUGGCCUGCUCGCGCGCGGCUGCCCUGCGCAACUGCGUGCUUUUUGCAGACUGGCAGCCUCCCUGCCCUCCAGGGCUCCAAUGCAAGAGG